AUGAGUGCAGUGAAGAAAUCUAAAACGUAUCAUUUUAAUAAGGAUUGGGAGGAAGAAUUUUUCUUUUGUAUGGUGAAAGAUAAGUGCAUUUGUGUUAUUUGUCGUGCGUCAGUUGCAAUACCUAAGCGUGGUAACUUAGAGAGGCAUCAUAAAACGGUUCAUAAAAACUAUCAAAAGGAUUUUCCGCCACAGAGUGAAUUAAGAAAACGAAAAUUAAGUGAUUUUAUAUCUUGUUUGAAAAAAGAACAACCCAUGUUCACAAGACCAGCCAAACAAUCAAAAGCUGCUACGAUAUUGGCGAAACACAAGAAACCAUUCGAAGAUGGAUCGGUGGUGAAGGAAGCAUUUAUUGAAGCGGGUGAGACUUUAUUUGGAAAUUUUAAAAAUAAAACAGAAAUCAUGUCUGCUAUUAGAGAACUUCAGUUAUCUCGUCCGACUGUCACAAGGCGUAUUGAAGUCAUGAGUCAGGACAUCGCAGAUAAACUAAAACAUGAUAUUAUGGAAUGUACAUACUUUUCUUUACAGUUCGACGAAUCCACCGAUAUGACAGACACUGCCCAGCUGUGUAUUUUUAUUCGGAUAGUAUUCAAUGACAUGUCGGCUAAGGAAGAAUUUUUGACAAUCAUUCCUCUGAAGGGGAAGACCCGUGGCGAAGAUAUAUAUGAAGUUUUCUUUAAUUUUGUAAAAAACUACGACAUACCAAUAUAUAAAUUAGUGUGCAUUACAACCGAUGGAGCACCAGCAAUGACUGGAAACAAAAACGGUUUUGUGGCAUUGUGUCGAGCUAAUGAAGAAUUCCCUUCAUUUUUUUCAUUCCAUUGCAUUAUAUAUCAACAAGUUUUGUGUUCCAAAGUUUUAAACACUGAGGAAAUUAUGGGCAUUGCAACAAAAAUUGUGAAUUCCAUCCGUGCACGUAGCUUGCAACGGCGGCUCUUUCAGUUGCAGUUGGAAGAUAGGGAGUCAGCUGAACACACUGAUUUAAUUCUUCACACAGACGUCAGGUGGUUGAGUCGCGGAAAGUUCCUACAAAGGUUUCAAGAAUUAUUGCCCGAAAUAACAGCUUCAACAUCCAAAGCCACUCUUUAG